UCAAGCUCCUCAAUCAUUGUGAGCAAAGAGCGACCAUGAAUGGCCUGUGCACCCUCCAGCAGCUCCAGCCGGAGCCCGAGCAGGACAGCAUUAAAACGCUGCGUCUGACCCUACGGGACGACCAUUCUCCCGAGAGGACGGACACUACUAAAGUAAAGCCGGUGGGACGUGCCUUCGCCCUCAUCUCCUCUCGCCCCCUCCGGGGGUCCCGGCCCCUCAACUCUGAACUGAUCAAAUCCAAAGAUGGAGAUGAAGAGAUCAUUAAGGUUUAUCUCAAAGCUAAAGCGGAGGACAAGAAGAACCAUGAAUGGAAUGUCAGCCAGCUGAGGAACGAGGUGCGGCAGAUACAGGAGGCUCGGACCUCUUUGAAGCUCCUAAGGGAAGACCUUGGUGCCUCUAAACAUGAAGGUCACCAGUCAGACAAGGGUGAUAAGAUGGAAAUGCAGCCUGGGGGAGGACUUACUAGUACAAUGUGGUCUCAGACAGCAGCAAAUGAAGAGGAAUUGCCACUGGAUAAUGGUAAAAACAUGAGGGAGAUGGCCCAGAAGUUGUAUGCCAGACUUCAGGAAACUGAGAGGCGGCACUCAGCAGAUCGCAAGAAUUACGAGGAAAAACUGACUCACUGGCAACAGGAGGCUGAGCAAAACAGCCAAGCUCGUGUAGAGGCACAGGCGAUGGCUGCGGAGCGUCAGAAAGAGGUGGAUGAGCUGAAGAGGCUGAUGUCCAACAUGGAAAAGGAGCACCAGCACCUGCGGCAGACUGUUAAAGAUAAUGAAAAGGAGCUGGAGAACAUGAGAGAACAGAAUCAGCCAGACACAGCCCUGCAGGAUAGAUGUCAAGAAUUGGAGAAGACUGUGUGUACUCUGAAGGAGAAGAUUCACCACCUAGAUGACAUGCUAAAAAGCCAGCAGCGUAAAGUGCGCCAGAUGAUUGAGCAGCUCCAGAAUUCCAGGACGGCCACACAAGAAAAGGACUCACUUAUCCAGGAGCUGCGGGAGAAAGUGUCAUGGCUGCAGGCAGAGAAUCUUGAACUACAGGAUAAACUGGAACAUUUUCUAUCCAACCAGCCAGGACACACAUCCUACUUGCCAAGGAGCUACUCCAGGCCCAACCUCCAGAACGUCAAGCGAGUGUACAUCCCUGCAGGAGCUGGCCGCCCAUUACCACUUAUCAAGCUGGUGGAGACAUGAAGUGCGAUCACUGCUACAGCUGGACCUGUCCUCUUAUUUACAGGCAACUUUUAGACUAGGAAUGGUAGAGAUCUUUCUUACACUUCUCUGGUGGAUCACCCACCUUACAGUGCAUCCUUGUGUAAUGAGAAGAAUUUACCUUCACCUACCUAUAACCUGACUGGACAGAAGUGAGGGGGGGGGGGGGUCUUUAAUACAUAUCAAAACAACCCGUGGGACCUCUAGCAGUCAAUAUGGAAAAUAUUUGCAGUGAUACAGAGAGGAUACUAUGGCUGGAUGUACUGUCAGGUGACUUGACACUGAAGAAUACUGUGCCUUUUACUUGUUAACUAAACCAAAGACAAAGCUUCUGACUCCCCUGGCACACUACCCACCACUAAAUAAACAAAGGUGCUGACGUCCCCGUUGGCAGGAGGCACAUUAACUGCUUCCAUUCCAUGUGGAACUGGAAAGACUGGGAAUGCUCCAGGGACUGUGCUCUUGCCAAGGUGUCUCCUAUAACCUUCCAAGUUUAUAUAAUCCUCCUCCUCUAGUACUGUACAUUACAGAUCUGCAUGCUUGCAGGAAGGACAUGAGUGUUGGGUAAAAUGUGGAGGACCCGAGGCUGAUCCUGAAUGUCUUAUGCCGAUCCCUUGUACUUUACUAGACUAUUAAUGGCUGCGCCUUACACUAGUAUCAUAGUCUGUAGCAUGUCAGGAUCUUAAGAACACUGAGGUAGGCAAAGCAAUAUACUGUAACUAGCAGUAACCUCCAGGAAGUGUAUGCUGGGACCUGUAGUUUCAACAGUAAUGGAGAUACAAGUUUAUCUAGUUCACAGAUAACAUCCAAUGUAUUAUAAGCCUGUAAUUUACACAAUAAGGGCUAAAGGCUGCGCCUCAUCCAUACUACUGUUGAGCAGUGUUGUUGGGGUUUGUACUUCUCCUUGCCUGCAGCUAACCUUGCAUGUACAUAUUUAUUUAGGUCUUUGCACCUUUCCCCGUCUGAUGUGUUGUAUUCUACCUGAAGGUGUAGAUGCACUUGUGUAGUAUUGAAUAAAUUAUGUUAUUUAAGGCCGGUGAAGCCUCCUGUCUGUGCGGGUGACAUGUAAGUACAUGAUGCUUUGACUGGUUUCGUCUGCAUUACACGCCCAGCAUAAUUAGUGUGUCACACACCCACACCAGAACCCUGUAUUCUCAGCUGCAGGCAUAAGUAGGAAAUGAGGACCUGGUGCUCUAUAGAAACCCCAAAAUGGUCAUCAGCAGCUUGCUUCCAUCUCACGUCCCAGAAUUCCUGAGGACCACCGUGCGAUCUGCUGACAGGAGUGGCAGGGAAUGGGAAGAAUUUCAUUCAGAUGACUCCUCCAGUCAUUAUAUUGGGGAACUGUUAUUUUUAGCAAGUCACUAGCCUCUUCAGCAAAGUGUCUCUCAAGGUGUGGCGACAUGUUUUUAUUUUUCAGGGUAGUGUUGAGAACUGAAUAUCAAGUAAUGUUCUAUUAAUCCCUCAGGGCAGGGCGCGGGAUAAUGGAAAUACAGGGAUGGGUGGUGUUGGCUUAUAAGUUUCCCCAGUUUGUGGUUCCAUCUGCUGAUCAUCUGGGGAACUGCACAUUGCUAUUCUGUACACGGGCAGAGCUGAACACGCUUGUCACUAAGUGGGUGGAAUGCUUUCCCUAAGCAUUUUUAGGCCCCUCUGGUGUUUUUCCUCACCCUGAAGAGGAAUUUCUAAACCAGUGUUUUCAAAACAGCGUGUCUCCAGCUGUUAAACUAUUUUUCCCAUUAUGUGCUGACUGUGUGGCUCUCUGAUCUGGUCAACAGGGGGGCAAUACCUACCAGGGGCCCCUUUUAUUACAUCUAUGUUUUCACAUAAACUUCUUGUUUCCAGGUUGGAAGAGUAUUUAUUUAUAUUUUUUACUGGCCAUAGAGAGACACAGCAACUAAUUCUGUAUAGACCUGGGUUCAUCAUUCCAUCCUAAUCUCCAGAAUGAUCACGUUAUGGACAUUGGACAGUGAACUGGCGAUGUUGGGAGAUAGGCGUCAGCGGUUCGGUUAAUUAGUGAUGUAUUUAUAACAGGGAAAGGGCUGUAAAUCGCAUUGUUCCAUGCAAAAGUAAGGGUAUGUUCACACGACACCUGUUUAUGGCAUUCCAUUAAUUAUUAUCUGCACUGUAAUCCAUCUUGGGGCUGAUUCACACCUGAAAUCCAAGGGUAUGACACGGAUCUCACAAAGGACUCCGAUGGGAAAAAAAUAAUAAUUGAACAAUACAUCACCAAAUGUACGGCCUAAAUAACUAGGCAAAGUCUUGAAUCUCUGCUGGGUAUGCUGCUAUCUUUUGCGGUUUAGGGUGCGGUUUAACUGCAAUCUACUUUGCAUGUUGCUCAUGGAAAACAGGUAGUAUGGUUGCCAAAACAACCAUAAAAAUGCCUUGGUUCUGAUGCAAUGUUGCACUCAAGCUCUGAUCAAGGAUCUGAACAGGGGGGAAAAAAGUAAAAAUGUUUUUCAAUAAAUUAUUUCCCAAUAAAGCCCUGUAUUAUAAAAAUUGCUUAUUCAGACUUAUGAAAUGUAAUGAGAGCCAAUAAUAUACAUACAGUGAUCCCUCAACUUACAAUGGCCUGAACAUACAAUAUUUAAUUGUAAUGUGAAACCAGACUCAACAUACAAUGGUCUUUUCUGGUCCAUUGUAACUACACUGCUCAAAAAAAUAAAAGGGAACACGAAUAUAACAUCCUAGAUCUGAAUGAAUGAACUAAUCGUAUGAAAUACUUUCGUCUUUACAUAGCUGAAUGCGCUGACAACAAAAUCUCACACAAAUUAUCACUGGAAAUCAUCAACCCAUGGAGGUCUGGAUAUGGAGUCACCCUCAAAGUGGAAAACAACACUACAGGCUGAUUCAACUUUGAUGUAAUGUCUUUAAAACAAGUCAAAAUGAGGCUCAGUAGGGUGUGUGGCCUCCAUGUUCCCGUAUGACCUCCCUACAAUGCCUGGGCAUGCUCCUGAUGAGGUGGCACUCCUGGACAGUCUGUGGUGCAACGUGGCGUUGGUGGGAGCGAGACAUGAUGUCUCAGAUGAGCUCAAUCGGAUCCAGGUCUGGGGAACGGGCGGCCAGUCCAUAGCAUCAAUGCCUUCCUCUUGCUGGAACUGCUGACACACUCCAGUCACAUGAGGUCUAGCAUUGUCUUGUAUUAGGAGGAACCAAAGGCCAACUGCACAAGCAUAUGGUCUCACAAGGGGUCUGAGAAUGUCAUCUCUGUCAGGCUACCUCUGGCAAGCAUAUGGAGGGAUGUGCGGCCCCCAAAGAAAUGCCACCCCACACCAUUACUGACCCAACGCCAAAGAGUCACCCCUGAUGAAGCCACUUGAGAUGUAAUGCGCGCGGGGG